AUGGCCACUCCAAGCAUUAUUGUCAGCGAGAACCAGACCUUGACUAGUUCAGGCAAAAUGUCAAUUUCGGAGGCCGAGCAUCAACCUCUGGCCAAAGACAAGUUUACAUUCCUCAAGGAACUCACGUCGGCCGAGGAGUAUCACGGCGAAAAGUCCUUCUACCAGCACCUUGUCAAUGUCUACAACUACUUAGAGUCUCAGUCGCUUCCCCAAGAGGUUUGUGACGCCGGUCUGUUUCACUCUGUCUACGGUACCGAGUUCUACCACUUCUCGAGCGCCAGUAUAACCCGUGACGUCGUGCGCGGCUAUAUUGGCGAGUAUGCAGAGGAGCUGGCGCACACCUUUUGCGGGCUGAGGAAGGACCGCUUCCUCUCCAUUCUCAACAAUGUACCGGGCUGGGACAAGCAGAAGCACUUGGACCUGUGUCGUCUAGAGCAUGCCAACUUUUGGGACGGGAGGAAUGAUCGGGAUGUGAAGUCCCAGAUGGAUGCUCUAAGCAAGACAAUCGCGCAAUUGGAGAGCAAGGAGGACUGA